CCCAGAAGCAGGGGACCAGGGCUAGGGGGCUCUCAAGCCCCUGAACCUGAGUUAAGUCCUUCCAAUCUGAGUCUUAGUGGCUGUGCCACCCCAGACACCCAAAGCUCAUUAGCUCAGCCUUGCCCCUGACUCCUCACCACCCACCUCUUGGAGGUGUUUCCCUUCCCACCCCUGGCUGUGCCCCGGAAACCUACACUUUGGAAGGAUAAUGGCUUCCAAAUGCCAUUUUUUUGUCUCUGCUAAGACUCCACAAAGGUGAGCAUUAGCUGAGCUCCUCCAACCCACUCCUUAGGAUAAUAAGGUCCCUGCACCGUUAAUUGUCAGGUGGCCCGUCUCCGUCCACUCUCCUGGCCCAUAGCUUAGUGGCUCAGACCUGGGGUCAAUUCCAAAAGUCAUCUCUCCACCCCUACACCCAUCACUUCAAGAAUGAGUGAGGGCUCAGUGGCUUUCAGUUUUCAAAGAAACGCUGGGAAGGAGACUCAGACCCUGGUCUCUUGGCCAAGAAUUCCUAUUGGCAACCUAGCGUGCAUCCUGCCUCUCUCAGAAGGUGGACACUGAGCCGAGCAUCCCUAGCAGUACACCCCGUAGGAGUUGCUCAAUCCCCAGCAAGCCAUCUUCCUCACUUGGGGGUAUGUGUACACAUGGGGAGGGGGCAGGAAGCCGAAGAGGUGGAUUCUCCAAACCACACAGCCUGUGGAGUUGGGGAGCCCGGUCAGGAUGGAACAAAGCCCCCAACUGAGAGCCCCCCACCAAGGACUCUGGGAAUUCAUUCCCUAUCCCCUUGGAGAAAUCUGGCCCCCUGACCCUGGAAGGCCCCCAACCAGCUUCAACUCGGGUGACAACAGAGCCAGUGUUUACUUGGAACAAAGCGCCAUGGGGAAAUGAAAGCUGAAUCAGAACUGGGCUGGCCCCUGCAGCCGGGUGGGAACAUUAGGACAUGUACGCACAUCUUCAAGGAAGAACGGCCAAGGGCAUCAGACAGGCCCAGAGGAAAGUCCUGGGUCAGGGUGAGCAGCGAGGGGACCAUCACUUCUUGCAGGAAGACCCAAGUCUAGGCAGGCUUUCUGGAGGAGGUGGUAUGUGAGCUGAGCCUUGAAGGAUGGAUGAGAAUUGGCUAGAUUUCAAGGAGGGCAUGGGGCAGGUGUGCUAGGUGCAGAGGAAAGGAGGGAAGCAGAAGAGCUGGGUGUGAGGGUGGAGAGCACGUGGACAGGACGGGGAGCCAGCACAUCACAAGGACAGGCGGGGCCCGUUAUGAAGGACCCCACCGUCUCCCUGAGAUGGGACUUUAUUCAGGCAGAAGUGGGGAGACUCUGGAAGUGAGGGAGUGAGAGAGUGACACGCCCCCACAGGGGCAAGGAGGAGACCAGGCUGGAAGCCCUGUUGAAAACAGCGUGAUGCCCCGGGGAGCCACACUGGUUGGGGGCAGUGGCAGGGGGACAGCUGACAAGCAGAGUCCCCAGUCCCCCUGAGCUCUCAGCCCAAGGGCGAGGCAGGCACCCACCGUGAGGCCAACCCAGGCAGUGCUCAGUGGGCAGUCGGGGAGCAGAAUUGGAGACAAGCCAGGAAGACAGGGAGCUGCUCACAUCCCCGGACCCAGCACCACUGCCACGUGCGGUCCCGUGUCCUCCAGGAGUAGUCAACACCAGGUCACCCUCUGAAGUCGGUCGCCUGGCCCACCCCCUCUGAAGUCGGUCACCCGGCCCACCCCCUUUGGCCUGGCCCUUGGGUGGAGGGAGAGGACUUAUUGGCCAGCAGAGGGGGCCAGUGAGCAGGGCAUUCGCGGGUUUGGGGUGACUGGAGCUGGACUUUGGUGGCCCAUCCAGAAGGGCUGAGAACAGUUCUCCGAAGGAAGACCCUUAACUCCUGGGCACCUCAUUCUGCCUCUGGCCCAGCCCCUCUCACGGGCGUUUUUUAAAAAGCGCGGGCGCUCCUUGCGCUGGCGCAGUGCUGCUUCCGCUGGAGCGGCCAAUGCGCGGAGUGGGAUGGUGGAGUUGGUUCGUUUCGCGAUUCCCACCAGGAGUGACAAAACCUUGCUGGUGUGGGAGCUGAGCUCCGAACCCAGGACCGAGGCCUUGCAGGCUGCAGCCGCAUGUGGUCUCUUAUUCACCUGCCCUAAAGGAUUCAAAUGCUGUGGUAACAGCUGCUGCCAAGAGUACCAGCCAGAGGUGUAUGAGCUCUUCUCCGGCCCCUUGAGAACCUCUGUCAUCGUCAUCCUGAUCAUCUUGCCACUCUUGUGCGUCUGUGACCUGGCUAAGCGCUUCUGUCGCAAAUGCAGAAAGCUGGAGCAGGACCCCCCGAUGGAUCACGAGGGGACACCGGAACGGCCUUCCGUCGCUCCCCCCGAGAGGGUCAGGGAAUCCAUUUCUGAGCCCCCACCUCCCUACAAUGAGGUGAUUCUGAAGCCCAUACUGGGCCUGCCUCCCACGGAGCCACCCCCUCCCUACAGCUUCAAUCCUGAAGAAUAUGCCAGGGUGCACAGAGGCAUCGACAACCCAGCCUUCUGAGCCCCCUCCUGCCUGGAACCCUGCCAUCAGCCGCCACCUCCCCAAGGCCUCCUGGGUCAAGCCGGAGACUCCGGGGACCCCUGGAAUGCCCCCCAACCCAUCCUGCCACACCUCUGCCAUUUUUGGCUUUAACUUAUUGCUUUGCCUACCCCUGUUCUACACCAGUUGCCUCUCUUGUCCCAUGGACUGGUCGGGAGUGAUAGUGUCCACCCCUCACCUGCCAUCCCAAGUUAGAGGCUGCCAGGAGGAAAGCGUGCACAGCUGGAGGUGCCGGGCAGCAGAAUGGGCUGCUCUGAGGAGUGGAGAGAGCUGUGCCUCUGGGAGGUACGAUCUUGACAGAUGAGAUGUUCUGGAGGGCACUAAUGUACUUUGGGAGGCAGGACUGCUUGAGCUCUGAGCCACCUCCAGUUCUGCCUGAGGAGACCCCAUUGUUCCCUCCCCUCCCCUCGAGACACGUGUCCCAUUAAAUUUCAGUUGACGGUU